UCUCCCACCACAUUUCGAUAGUCGCGAUCGUACCCGAGAAGUGUUUGGAGUAGGUUUUAUAGUGUAGCGUGUAGCAACUACUACGAGUCCGGCUAGUACCCAAAGUACCACGUAAGGUUUUAUGUGUUGCGACCACGUAGCGCGUACCGUUCGGUUCUAUCGUCGCUUCGCUUACGAGUGUGUGUUCUUUGAUCAAUCUUUAAUUCCGUUUUGCCAGUGGAACCUGAUGAAUUGUUUCAGUUCUCAUAGCAGCAAGUGUUCCCGUGCUAUCUGGAUAUAAUUUUUGGAUUAACUGUUCAGAUCGGCUGUAAAAGGCCAUUGAGCCGAUGAUUUCUGCAGGAGUAGAAGGACGACUGCCCUACAUGACAUACUCCGAACCUUGGAGCCGAAGCCCUCCGAAACCAUCAUCAGAGGUGUUUCUUAGGCCCGCCCCCAAACUGUUACCUCCGGCCACAAGAUGUACUCAGGAACAAACAACAAUAUUUCUUCCUUACAGAAGUUACAAUGGAAUGCCGGCAACCACAUACCCGAAUGGUACUAGAAUAGCCCCAUCCAGGCCGAUUAGCAAGUACCCAUCGCCGCCUCCUGCGGUUCCCGUCAACCUCACGCAGCCGAAGGAAGAGCCGAAAGAAGAGCCGAUGUCGCCGUACUCGCCCUACAGAUUAUUCCAGCAUCCGGCCCAAUACUCCACGUUUCCCUAUCCUUCACUAUGCCAACAGCCUUACAUGUUGCGGCCCAGUUUCCCUGCCACUCCGCUAAGUCCGCAGGAGAUGUUCUCCCCGGCGACACCAACGGCUAGCGGGGCUGCAACGUUUCUAUCUCCGCCGGCCACCUUCAGUCCGCCGUCUUCCAUCGUCAAGCACAGUCAAGGCGGAAUGUUGCGAAGGGAGAAGAGGAAUUCGCCAGUUACAUCCACUGCUCAGUCGGCUGUUCCUCAUUCUCCUCUUCCGCAAAGUCCCAGCUUCAAAGUGCCGUCCGGCAAAGAGGGCUCGAUGAAGCACCGAUUGUUAACGCGACCGGAAGACGCCGCCCGAAGCAUGCCUCUGGAUCUUCAAAAGCCGCAGGAGGGACGCAAAAGACUCACGGCCACCAUAUCGCCACCAAGAUCGCCGAAGAAGCAACCCACCCCAGCGGCUAUUCAUUUUCAAAAGGGCCUGCUGGUAUCGUUGACCAAUGGCGAAGUCAAGCGGAUUGAAGAUAUGAGGACGGAGGAUUUCAUCAAAUCGGCCGAAGAAAACCCGGCCCUCCGACUGGCUGAAAGCACCGUGGUGAAGAUUAACGAAGGAAAAGACGGACAUGUUACCAUUACGCUAGCCUACGACCAGAUGAGGGAACAGGUGGAAUCGGAUUGCAAACACCCCUACUAUGUGAUUGGUCAUGGAUGGGCGAGUUGCAAUCCAGAUAGAACGUUACAAUGCCAUGGACUUAAAGUCCAUCGACUUCAAGUUGGUGAUGUUUUGGUUUCGCUUACGCCACGCAAACCCCCAAUGGGAGCGACCACAAUCGCAUCUAGAAGUACGACCAUCAUGACUACAGCGACUACCACAGCAAUGUCGGCUAGACAGUACUCGGGUAUCGCGAGUAGCACAGUAACGAACAGUACCAGCACAACAGUCCCAUCCAAUCUUUUCAUGCCUCCGGCCAGUUCUCCACAGAACCAUCGUCCCUUAUCUCAUUCUCCCCCGAAAUCUGUGCGAUCUCCCGAGUACAUUCUGCCGACCUCACAUCAGAUGAAUUACUACACGAUCGAUCAGAUGGCAUCGUUCCAACUGGAUGCUGAGCGCAGGAAGAGACGAUGGAGUGCACCUGAUGCCAUCGAGGAGCAGGAGUUGGCAAGGCGAAACCGGGUGGAUUGAUUGCUGAACGUGAUAGUUUUACGUAAAUCUAAGGACUGAUAACCAAUUCGCGUUUGGUGGAGCUGGCUGAGUGAACGAAGAACUGCUGCUAACGAUCCGCGCUGCCGGCCAGCCUCUAGGUAUUCUGGGCACUUUUGUUGCUCGCGAAAAGUUUCAAAGCUAAUACCUUCACAGAUUCGAUUGAUUUUUUAAAUAUUUCGUUUUUCCGCCGAAAAAUGGAUUUUAUUUUUCAAUUGUAACCUACUCUCUUGAAAUACAUGGUGUUCGCACAACGUGCUCUUCUGCUAGCUUCUUGCUAUUUUAUGAAAGUUCGUAAAAUUCUUGUACCCAACCAACCAAAUCAUAUCGGUAACAUUUUUCAACAAACCAAAUUGUUGUUGUUGUAACUAAAAUAAUGAAAAUGAAAAAAAGGCAUUUGAAAAUUGAGAAAAAAGCCGAGCAAUAAAAACAGCAAUUGAAAAAACCCACUUUCAAACACCAUGUAUAGGCAGGUUAAAAUACUACUUGUUAGUACUGCUCUAGUAGUACAUAACUUAGUGUCUAAUCGAGUCCAUUUGCUCAAAAUUACACGGAUUUUUUUGCAUCAAAACAUCAAGCUGAUCCGGAGAACGGCCGCUUAAAACAACCAUUUAUCGCCGAUGCUUAACAGCAAAUCCUUGAUUCACUUCUCCACCAAGUUGUAGAUGUAUUGUGUAUAAGAUGUUGCUUUUUUACUGAUAUUAGUAGCGCCUUUUUACAGAGACUUGCAUUUCAGCAGCUCCCUUCUUUCACUACACCUUCACGAUUUAAUUGGGCAAAGUACACCCUCUAUCACCAUAUUUACAAAAGUAGUACAGUUUUAAAUCUACAUUGAUGUUCAAACAACAAAAAGUUCAUUGAAAUGCGUAGUAAAAAGUUAAAAAAAUAUUUUACAAGCCACUUCUGCUGGCAUAUUUGGUUCGUUCACUUUACUACCAUUUCUUUGCUUGGAAUUAUCUGGUUUAUUUCAAUUCCGCAAUUAGUUCAAUUAUAGACUAGAUAUUUGGUCGUUCCCAAUUCACUUUUCGGUGUUUCCUGCCACAUUGUCUAGAUUGUUUAUUUUAACAAACCAACUUGUAUUUAAACACAGGAGAAUGGAAUAUAUUUCAUUUGGAAAUAGACAGCAUAGACCGAAGAUAAUAGAAAAAAAUCGGCCAAAAACAACUAAGCUGAGACGUUCUUGGGAACAUUUAAGUAUCUAGUAACUGAAAAAUCAACCAUCUUCACUUCAAAUUUAAAUAUGAGCUUGAAUGGCAAAAAUGGCGAGUUCGUCGCUUUUGAAAAUAUGUCCCCCGACUGUAGCUGGAGAAGAGAGCUGAGUUAGCUGCAGUAUCCUGUUCGAACUCCAACUAUUUCAAGCCAGAUCAGAUACUUUGGGUUAGAUCGCAUGUUAUGUGAAUUUAUAUAUAUAUUUUUGUUAAUUCCACUGAUAAUCCUGAAGAAGACUGUUGGUCGUCUGAUUUGGUUUUCGAUAUCGCGCGUUCGACCCCUUAAGUAGGACAAUGUACCCAUAAUGAGAGAACAGAAGUGCAAUCGUAACAUGUUUUGUUCAUGACAAUAUAAUAGAUUAAAUGAAUUUUAGGGCAAGAUGCAUUAGAAACGCUGAUGUUGAAUGCUGAUUGAAGAUUGGGGGUGGUUCCUUUACUGGUGGAAAUUCCUCAACAACAAAUCCAAUUAAAUGUUGCUUACGCUAAAUAAUGACCUUUUAAUACGCUUCGGCCGCGAAACCAUAAGGAAACACCGAUCAAUUUUCCAUCGGUCGCAAAAUGUAAAUAUGAAAAUUGAAGGAGUAUUAUUAAGAGUGAUAUAAAGUUGUAAAGUUAGUUUUUCUAAUAAGGAUGGAGUUACUGGUGGAGACAGAUUGAUGUGUGAUCCACCUCGAUCUCAAAUGGCAAGCCGUGUGAUAGGAACUGCUUUUAUACAAAUGUUCUCAAAGAUCUGUAUAAUUUUGCUUUUGUUUGACUGCGCAACUAAUUCGACUGGCUGGCAACAGUUGAGCAUUUGAUUUUUUCUUCUUCUGUCGGGCGUGGUGAUUUGCAAUUGUUAAUAGAAGCAGUUGUCUGGUUUUUAACGCUACAAGCGCCUUUUGGACGCUUAGAGGAUGUAACGGAAACCGUAGGCAUAUUAUAUUGGAGAACAAUCGAAAUGCACUGGCUUUAAAACAUUGCUCGCCAAUAUAAUACCGAUAUUGCUGUUCAAAUGUUUAUAAUUUUUCCAUGUGACUUCUUGGCUGUGAUACAGUAAAGUAUAUGUGGAAAGUGCACACUUCCCUCCAUUUAGCGACUACUGGGGCUGUUGAGAGGAUUGAGAGUUUCAUUAAAACGCGCGCUGACCAUAUUCGCUCAUGUACAGAAUGAUCAACCUCAAACGCACAUUUUCUCUGUAACAUUUGACAUUUUCAACUCAAGAAAUCCAUGCGGGGCGUUCUACAAAAUCCAGCAAUAAACAAACUUUCAAAUCUCCAAAAUUAUACAGGGUGUCUGCAUUUAAAAUCCCAUCAGAGUCCGCGAUGUAGAUUGCAUUUAGUCAAAUGUUGCCUAUUUCCAGUAAUAAAAAACGUGAAAUUGGGCAAAAGUUGGUUUUGUAUCGACUAAAAACGCUCGUUCUAAAUUAAAAACCCGCUUAGUUUCUAGUUUACUUAGCAAAAAGUGGAAAAGUUAAGGGCAACAUCUGACUUAAGCUGCUCAAUGCCCAUCAUCACGAACCAUCCAGUGUAUAUUCCGAGUUUCUAUUCACAAUCCCGAAAAAAUCAGUAAUUUUCAACCAAUGUGAUCAUUCCGUAUACGUUCAAGCAUAGAAUCAAAGAAAAAAAAUAAUCCCACCGUGUAAACCAACCAACAAAGAGCGCUUCGUGCUUCUGAAGAUCCUAACUGAUGUAUAUGUGUAAAGUGUCGACUUCUCUGCAUAAUAACAUGAAAUACCUCACUUGUGCUUUUUGUUAAAUAAAUAAAUGUAUAAAGAAAUAAAUUUAAAAAGUGUUUGUACACCUACAAUCUGCAAUUGUUCUGUAGUAGUUUUAAGAAAUUGUGCAUUAGUAGAUAAUUUUGUAACAUUUAAAAAAAAUGAUCGGUGUGAGGCAUAAUGGGCUGUGGAUUAAGGUGUAAAGCAAAGAAACAAAAGGCCGAUUGGUUUGCCCACACUGAAAUGAAAAGAAAAUACUGAUUUAAAACCCUUUUGUGAUUUUAUCUUAUUUUGUAGUAGACAUACGAUUUGGCGUUCUGUGAUAUAUCCCUUUAAAUGUGAAUUUUCUCGCAGUAUUUUCUUAAGUUGAUCAUUGGAUUUUUGCAAAAUUUAUUAUGGUUCACUAAUUGUUACCUGUUGUAGAUCCAAGGUACCUAAUUAACUAAAAUAUUUUUUAAAGGAUAGAUAAAAUAGACAAUGAUGUUGAAAGUGCCUUGUAAAGUUGGGUGUCGUAACGGCUUCAGAACGCAUCCAAAUUGGGACGUGCGAUGUGGGGAAAUGGCGCAGUUUUAUCACUUCAAAGAACUGUUUUCAAAAUUUCCUUUACGUUGCCAAACCGGACUGUGCAUGUUAGAGCUAUAUACACUCGCGGAUUUUUUCAGGCAGCAUUUCCACCACAUCGUCCCAAUAAAAUGAGAUAUAUUUAUUAGAGGAGAUCUGUAAAAGGAAGUCUUCUUAUAAAAAAAAUGAUGAGAAAGAGAGCUAUAUUAGAAGCAAAAAUUGUUCUAUAGACAUUAUAUAUUGUGUUACAGAUAUAUGUAUAUGGUGUGCCAUUGUUGAAGAUGUACAUCGCCCUAAAGGGCCGUACAGUCAAAACAAAUAAAACCUGAUAUCUAUAUUCA